AGUGUGCGGAUAAAACGGAGGCCGCGGGUCGGAGCUCCGCGCUUUUUCAGCAGAGGAUCCGCCGGGAGCAAGAUGUCGAGGCCGGGGAGAUACCUGAGCUCCGACCGCUGUGGUUUAUAGACAAACCUCCACUGAUGUCAUUUAACUCCUCUGACCUGUUGUCACCAUGGGACACGUUUUCUGAAGUUUAAUGGACUGUCACGUCGCGGAUUUGGACACGGCUCACGCGUAAUUACGCACAGACAGUGGCAGUUGAGCGCAACCCGACGGCUCCGUGUGCGCGCUGGUGCGUCUGCGGACAUGGACCGGCCUGAGCAGCGCGUGUCCGUGUAUCUGCUGCUGCUGUCCCUCGGGCUUUUCGUGGACACGGGGAUCUGUCAGCACUACUACCUCCUCCGGCCCAUCCCCAGUGACAGCCUGCCGCUAGUGGAGCUAAAGGAGGACCCGGACCCGGUGUUCGACCCCCGGGAGCGAGACCUCAACGAGACCGAGCUCAAGAGCGUCCUGGGGGACUUCGACGGCCGCUUUUUGUCCGUUUUACCCCCGGUGGAGGACAGAUACACCGGCAACGACGAGCUGGACGACUUGGAGGUCCAGAAACCGGGCGGGCUUCUGCCAAAGGAGAUCCGCGCCGUGGACUUCGACCUCCAGUUCGGCAAGAAACACAAGCCGAGUAAGAAACUGAAGCGGCGGCUGCAGCAGUGGCUGUGGGCGUACUCCUUCUGUCCGGUGGUGUACACCUGGACCGACCUCGGGAACCGGUUCUGGCCGCGGUUCGUGCGCGCGGGCAGCUGCCUGAGCAAACGCUCGUGCUCGGUUCCGGAGGGGAUGGUGUGCAAACCGGCCAACUCGACCCACCUGACGGUCCUGAGGUGGAGGUGCGUGCAGAGGAAAGGGGGGCUGAAGUGCGCGUGGAUACCGGUGCAGUACCCCAUCAUCACGGACUGUAAAUGCUCAUGCUCCAGUUAGAAAGACUCCGAAUAAACAAAGAAUAAAUUAUAAGCUCCAUAUUUCUGUGAUUCUUCUUCACGUGCACUACCGAGUGUAGGAAUGUAUUUUCUGUAUAUGCGGUGCCAUGCGGUUCUAUAUAACUCCCUGUACAAAGUCAGUAUUAUUUGUAACCAGAGUCUACUUUAUUUGUGGAGAAUAUCGGUUAUAUAUUUUGUAUUUAUGGAGAAAAGGCGCAUAGAGCCACGUAAGGACUUGCUGUUUUCCAUAUUUGGAUGAUCGACCUCACAGUUCAACGUGGAAUAUUGAUACAGCCGAGUUGUUUUAUCCUGUAAAUUAAGGAAAUUUGCUAUUUAUUCUUUAUAUUCGUACAAUAAAACGACACUG